AUGGAGAAUGACCAGUCUCCCACCUCACCUGGGCAGGACAUCCAGGGGCAGAGUGGGGACAAAUCUGCCCCUGGCCUGCCGUCCCCUGCUGCAGCCCCCACGGAGCAGCCAAGCACCUGGCCCGAGGCAGCCGUGUGCGACAUCUCAGAGGAGCUGAGCCGGCAGCUGGAGGACAUCAUAAAAACCUACGGGUCUGCCACGAGCCUGAUGGAGAAGGAAAACACUGCUGCAGGAACCGACAGGCCUGAGAAGGGAGAGCCAGGCAGCCUGGAGGAUGCAGAGUAUGAGGAUGCAAAUGAAGAGAGUGAGAAAGAGAAGCUGGCUCCUGGGGAUACUUCCAAAGCAAAGGAACCCAGCGGCAACAAGGAGCAGAAGCUGGAGAAGAAAAUCCUGAAGGGAUUAGGAAAAGAAGCCACCCUACUGAUGCAAAGUCUGAAUAAGUUGAAUACUCCAGAAGAGAAGCUGGACCUGUUGUUUAAGAAGUAUGCUGAGCUGCUUGAAGAGCAUCGUGCUGAGCAGAAAAAGCUGAAGUAUCUCCAGAAGAGACAGGCCCAGAUCACCAAGGAGAAGGACCAGCUGCAGAGUGAGCACAGCCGAGCCAUCCUGGCCCGCAGCAAGCUCGAGAGCCUGUGCAGAGAGCUCCAGAGGCACAACAAGAACCUCAAGGAGGAAACAAUCCAGCGGGCACGGGAGGAAGAUGAGAAGAGGAAAGAAAUAACUAAUCACUUCCAGGGCACACUGAGUGAGAUCCAGGCUCAGAUCGAGCAGCAAAGUGAGAGGAACAUGAAGCUGUGCCAGGAGAACACGGAGCUGGCGGAGAAGCUGAAGAGCAUCAUUGACCAGUACGAGCUGCGGGAGGAGCACCUUGAUAAAAUAUUUAAGCACAGAGAACUUCAACAGAAACUGGUGGAUGCCAAGUUGGAACAGUCUCAGGAAAUGAUGAAGGAAGCUGAGGAGCGACACCAGAAAGAAAAGGAAUAUCUCCUGAACCAAGCUGCAGAAUGGAAGCUCCAGGCCAAAAUGUUAAAGGAGCAAGAGACUGUCCUACAGGCACAGAUCACUCUCUACUCUGAAAGGUUUGAAGAAUUUCAGAAAACAUUGGCCAAGAGCAAUGAAGUGUUUGCCACAUUCAAACAGGAGAUGGAAAAAAUGACAAAGAAGAUGAAGAAGUUGGAAAAGGAUACUGCUACAUGGAAAUCCAGGUUUGAGAACUGUAACAGAGCAUUACUGGACAUGAUUGAAGAGAAAGCCAUGAGGUCCAAGGAAUAUGAGUGCUUCAUGCUGAAAAUCCAGAGACUAGAGAACCUUUGCCGUGCUCUGCAGGAAGAGAGGAAUGAACUGUACAAAAAAAUAAAGCAAGCACAGUUCCCAGAAGAGGUGAAUGGAAAUGGCAUCUUAGAAGAAGAAGAAGAUGAAGAAGAUGAUAGUGCAAUGACCCCUUCCUCCUCUGAGCAGGCGAGCGAUGAGCUGUAUGAAAGUGACAAGAGGAUGCUGAAGCAGCUGGCUGAAGCUUUCAGGGUGUCCCACAAGGCAGAGGAGACCCUCCCAAGCAACAGCAGCAAUCCAGAGACCUGUGACACUCAAACGUGUAAUGCGACCCUGGUGCCAGAACCCCCUGCUCCCCUCAUUCCACAUUCAGAGGCUGGGAAUCACUGUGAGCAGCCCAGCAUGAGCACACCAACACCCACUGAACACACACCAGCACCCACUGAAAGUGUGGCAGUGCCCACUGAGAAUGUGUCAAAGCCCACCGAGAGCACGCCCUCGCUUCCAGACAGGGUGCCAACACCCACAGAAAGUGUGCCAAUGCCUCCCGAGUGUGUGCUUGUACCCACUGGGAAUAUGCCGAUACCCACUGAAAGCAUGCCAGCAAGCCCCAAAAAUGUGCCAACACCCACACAAAACACACCCAUUUCCCUUGGGAAUGCACCAGUACCCGUGCAGUGUCCACCAAAAGCUGCAGAACAGGAAGGUGACCCAGCAGAUAGAUCUGCCCAGGGUCAGUGUGUGGAGCAAAGAGGGGACACAGACAUGGAAGCAGUGGAUUGAAGACACCAUGUGUCCAGGGUUGUCUUCUGCAAACCAGAGCACUGCUUUGUCCUCUAAACGGAGACCUUUUUUUUUUGUUAAGAAACAAAAAUUGGUUCCUAAAACACACUCAUGUAUUUGUAUCCAAAUGUAAUGCACUUCUUUGCUACCACUAUCCAGUAAUAAUGGGUCUGCAAAUUUUGCAGUCCUUCAUAUGUUUGAAGUAUAAUAUUUUCUUAAUGACAUGAAAAUACAAUGAAAUCACAGGAUCUUUUUUUCCCAAGCAUGAUGAGUCAUCUCAUUCAGGAAAAUAAUUUUAGUGUUGCACUUCCAUGUUUCAAAAACCAUUGCAAUUCUCAUGCAUAUAUUUGAAGAUCUAUAAUUAAUUCUAUCUAUUUAUUUUGACAUCGCAUAAAAGGUGGCCUACUUGGACUAACAGUGAUUUUAAUCAAUGAGGUGAAAGGAAUCUGUAAUUACAAAGUAAAACAGUGAAACCAUAAAUGUGGUCAGCCAUAUCCAUGCAGCAGUGCAACAACUAGAGGUGAAUUUUUCAGCAAGGAAGUAACCACUCAGCACUGUAGUCUCAACACCCACAAGCUUUCAGCCUUAUCUUCCAUUGGUCUUUUCUGCUCAGUGUUCUAGAGCAGGUCUUGUUUUCAACAAAACUACAGGGAAAGGGAAAAGAUCUUUUCUAGAUUCACAUAAAAUAACUGAAAACAAAAGCAAUUUCCAAACUGAUGGCAAUUCCCAAGGUAAGGGUCACAACUCUCUUUCUACAUCCAACAGUAAACUGCUCUAUUGUCACACUCUUUGGAAUCACAGUGGGCCAACAGUGGGGAUCAUGCCUGUUUCCAGCUCACAAAAGAGAUUCGAAGUUCAGAAAUUGGUUACAGAUCCCAGUUUCUAGGCAGGGAGCAGAAAGCAGAGUGGAAGGUAUCAGGAUGUAUUCCAGAAGAAUACAGAAGAAUAAUCCUAAGGUCAUGCUUCUCGACAAUGCUGUCCCUCCCAGUUACAGCCACAUGAAGCUCAGCUUCCUCCUGGCAUUGCUGCAUGUGCUAAUGCUCCCAGGAGAAGGAUGAGGACACUCGCCUGUCACCCCAUUCUGGAAGCAGAGCUCAAGUAAAGAGGAACCAGGAAAGCAGGAACCCCUCUCACAGACACCUGCAGGGGCUGGCUACAUUCUCAUCCCCUUUCUUGUCUAACCAGCUCCUCCCAUCUGCCUGCCAACAACUAUUGCCUAAUAAUGUAGCCACCUUGUCAGAAACUGGUUUACUCUGGUGCCAAGGACAGAGAUGAAGAAGGAAGGAGGCAAGGUAGGGUACCUACCCGGACAGCCCUACAGUCUCAAGCAAGGAGAGUAAGCAGGCUUUCUAAAAGAAGGCUAAAACAAUCCUGUGGGCAGUCCUUGUUUCUCAUCUCCUUCCUCUGAAUUCCAUCCAGGCCUUUCAGAGUCUGAGCUGGAUAGCUUAAGAAUUUAAAAAGCACAAUUAAACAAGAGGUUUAGAGGUUGGAAAGGCAAAUCUUACAAUCAAAGAAACCCAUAUUUAUAGACAAAUCCCAAGAAGACCCUGAAGACAAAGCGAUUCAUUCAAGCCAAAGUUGAAAUUCAGGUGAACCAAGAGGAGACGUCAUCUUUGACACACUGUGGGAAACAGUGGCCACAGAGCAGCAGCAUGCCACCCUCCAAAAAUGGGCUUUGAAUCUUUGCUUACUGCCAACAUGAUCUGUACCCUGGUUAAAUGUGUCUGUGAACUGCUUUCCAGCCUUUUCCAGACCUACCUUUUCCAUACCUUGAAGUAUACAGAGCAUAAACUGCAAAACUCUUUUUGGAUAUGGCCUGCAGCUAUUGUGACUACAGUUUUCAAAUGUGAAUGCAUUAUGUUAGAUAACAAGACCUGCAGGAUUUAUCUCAUGUCUUUAAUCAUGUGAAAGUAGAUAAUUAGAGUCUUAGUUAUCUUAAGCUUCUUUUAUAAGCAGAGGAGAAGAAAAAGCAUCUUUUGAGGACAAGUUAUCCCAUGAUAAGACUGGCAUCCAAGUCAGAAGGAAUUACUUUCUCUCCGAAGAUGAUCUUUCUCUUCAGAUUCUAGAUCCAGCCUAAGACAACUAAUUUAAAUUUAAUAUGUCUAUUGUUAGGUAUCUAAAUUAGGCAACAUGAAUCCCAUCAGAUAUUCAGACUCAAAGCCCUAAGUGAAUGGCCAUCUCUGAAAACCAGGCCAGUUAUGUGCCUGUGAAAACAUUAAUCCUUAACAAAUCUGUAUCCUAAGAUAAAAAGUUAUACUCAGUCAAUACACUUUUUUUUUUUUUUUUAGUUUCUGUUGGCUUAAGUUUGUAGAAAUAUAGUUUCCAUCACAACUUCUGUUUGUUAUUAGGGUGAAUUUUAAAAUGAAUGCAAUUUAUAUACUUGCUAAUGUUUUGGGGAUUUUAAUUCUUGAUCUUGUUUGAUUCUGUUGCGAUUUUAGUAACCACCUGCAUGAAACCAACUUAUUUUUCUUUAAAUACACCCUUUUCUUCAAAUAGCCUUCAGUUGUUGGUGUUUUCUUAAACAUUCAAAUAUUCACUGCAAUAAUAAUGGCCUUGCAACUUCAGGUUGGUUCCAUUUUGCAUAAUCAUUAUGGUCACAUCUUUAAUUAUGUAAUUGAUGUCUCAUACCUUCCAACUUCAGCGAGCAGGGAGACAAGGAUCCUGCAGAUAAAAACUUCCUACAUAGUUAUGAUUUAUUCUUACAGCAUCAUUCCUCAUGAAUAAAUACACAGCCUUCUGGGAAAAUUACUCCCACUCUAUUCCACCUUCCUCAUUUUUGCCCUUGAAAUUCUAUCACUGAAUUCAGAUACUUGCAGCUCUUAUUACUGUGAGUUUCUCUCACCUACCUGUUGAUUCUCUUCUUUAAUACCAUGUACCAACUGCAUUUUAUCCCAGCAGUUUCCUCCUCAUUUUCAGUGUAUAUGCAUGCAUACAACACUGAAAGCCCAGGAGAGUGAAAAAGCUCCAUAGCUUUUCAUUUCAGGAUCUGACUUCACAUGUUUACAAGAGUCGAGAACUGUAGGGAAAAUUCUGGCUGAUCCCAGGCUGCACAGAGCAUUUAGAGUCAAACUAUGGAGAUGGUUUAUGUGUAAUUUCAUGGCCUGUAGAGCUGGGGAAAGCUGAAGUACCCUCAGUAGAAGUGGAAAAUCUGUAAAAUUAACCAAGCACCUCUUCAUCAUCUGCUGCAUCAGACUGGAAGAAUUAAAUCAUGACAGGUUUCUGUGUGCUAACAUACAUUCUCUCAUUCUUCUUCAACAUUAAUUCCUGGCCUCCCUUGCUCUUUUCUUCCACUGGUACCCAAUAUAAAACUGACUGUGCAUAGUAUCCUUGUGAAAAGCCCUUGGGAUGGCAGUCUGCACAACAGCUCUGCUGCAAUUCCCUCAGGUGCCUCUGCACUCAAGGCACAGAAACCCACAUUUCUGUGGGUCUCAAGACUCAUUUGGAGGCUGUAAGUGGCAGUGAGACCUGCCUCCCUGGUGUUCAUUGUUAUCAUCAUUGUUCUACUAAUCUGGCAGUCUCAUCAGUCCUGAUGUGAUCUGCGAUUGCCUCCUUCAGUCUUGCUUUUCUUUCAUUGUUAUUUCCUUACCAUCAGGUACAGAUCUGGGGGUGAGGAGAGAUGGUGAUGGUAGCUAUUUCUUACUAAGAAGCAAUAGCUUUUUUAAAAUCAGCAUCUGCUGACAUUCAUCUGGUUUCUGGAAUUUCUUUUUUCUGAGUUUAGGUGGUCCAGGUGCCCUAUGGCUGACACGGGAAACCUUCAGCCUGCACACUGCCAGCUAGUUCAGGCUCUGAAAAACAAAGUUGCAAGCUGAACACACUUUCGGUGUCACAGCCAAGCCCACACAGAAAAGAGCUUAAAAGUCCCAAGGCUCGAGUGCUGCUAGUCACCGUGCUAUCUCUUCCCGUGUGUUUCCCACCAGUUUCCAGAGAAAUAAAAAUAAAAUGCCAUCUCUGGCAGAAAUAUGAGUUACAGCUUGUCCCCUGUGCCCCCAUUCAAGGCAUCACUCCCACUCAGACGCUGCACCCGCUGCCCUCACCAGUGUGCAUGGCUGCAUUUGAAUUGGGCCACUCAAACAAUUCAGGUUAAAAAUACACCACCACAAUCACCAAGAAGAGCUAAUUUUAACUGAGAUCAUUGCAGUGAUCCCACUGGGGUUUUGUUCUGACAGUAUCCAGGGAAACAUGACCUCAGUUCUGGUCACCAUAACUGCUAAUUGAACUCCACCCAUCCUUUGCACAUAAAGGAAUCCACACAUUUGGAUGUUAACUCUGGAGUAUCAUGCUGUUCUCAGAGUUAAUGGUAGCCUUUCCAUUGACUAUUUUAACAGACAUUCCCUGGACUGAAUACAGAAUUUGGAAAGUUGUAUUUUAAAUCUCAGUCUGACCCCCAUCACAAAAGACAGGGAAGACACAAUAUCCAACACACAUCAAUAAUGACCAGCCGCAGCCUUUGGAACCGUGUGUUACAUCUUCUGCACACAAAGCAAGCUCUCACACUUCCAUGCAGACACCCUGGGAUCUCAUACAGGAGAACAGGUCAAGUGCCAGCAGCAGGGUGAUCGCUCACACUUCAAGGAUCACAGCUCUGGUCCCAGUCACUGUGGUAGAGGUUAACUGGCAAAAAGACUCAGCAAUAUGCAUAUACUGAGCUUCUUUUUCUCUUUUUCUUUUUCUUUUUCUUUUUCUUUUUCUUUUUCUUUUUCUUUUUCUUUUUCUUUUUCUUUUUCUUUUUCUUUUUCUUUUUCUUUUUCUUUUUCUUUUUCUUUUUCUUUUUCCUUUUUCUUUUCUUUUUCUUUUUCUCUUUUUUCUUAUUACAAAAUGUUAUUAAAUCAAGGUUUACAGACCACAGCAUCCCAGAACACAAGAUUCAGCUUCUGUUACACUGGAGGCUGAAUGUAAUGUCAAAAAAAUGAUGCUUUUUUCACAGAAAGAAGAAAACCAGUGAAGUCCAUGUCAUUUUUACUAGAAGCAGCCUCUACUUGUGGGUUGGUAAUGCAGUGCUACCUUCUGAAAUCCAGGGUCACAUUUGAAUUACAUCAACUGGAGACAGUUUUGGGUUUAAGUUUGUGCUUCUAGACUGUGGAUAGACUGCCAGGCCAUUGCACAAACCCACACCUAUAACUGGUGCUAUUCUGCACAGCUAGAGAGUCUGUUCAGAAAAGUCUUGAUGACAGAAAUAGCAGCUUGACUCAGAGUUAGAAAGAGAUGGACCUGCCACUGCGAGAGAUGUCUUAGCAGCAGAUCUCUGCACUUGCCUUGGUGAAGCCAUUUAUCUCACCUGUCAUUUUCUGCAUCAUUAAAUACAUCCAUAACACUUUAGAUGAAAAUACCUGCAGUCUACAAGCAUGGUUUGCAACAGCAUGGUAUGUUCAGGUGGCUCCUCAGAAAGGAGUCAUGGUUUAGCCCCAGGUGGCAAUUCACUACAUGUAAUCAUCCCUUCAUUACCCACAUCCCCACAGUGGGAUGGAGAGGAAAACCAGAAAAGGUAAAACCCAUGGACUGAGGUAAGAACAGUUUAACAACUGAAAUAGAUUAAAAUACAGUAACAGUAACAGUAACAGUAACAGUAACAGUAAUAGUAAUAGUAAUAGUAAUAGUAAUAGUAAUAGUAAUAGUAAUAGUAAUAGUAAUAGUAAUAGUAAUAGUAAUAGUAAUAAAAACAGGAGAUAACAAAGAGUGAGAGAGGAAUAAAACCCAAGAAAGAGGAGUGAUGCACAAUUUAGCUGCUCACAUCCACUGACUGAUGCCCAGCCUGUCCCUGAGCAGCAUCAGCAGCUCCUGGCCAGCUCCCCACAGUUCAUAUAAUGCACAUUUCACUCUGUGGUGUGAAAUAAGCGUUUGGACAGUUCAUGUCAGCUGUCCUGGCCAUGUUCCCUCACGGCUUCUUGUGCACCUGCUCACUGACAGAGCAUGGAAAACUGGGGAUUCCUUGACUUAAAGUAAGAACUACAGAGCAAAACCUAAAGCAUCAGUGUAUUACCAACAUUAUUUUCAUACUGAAUCCAAAACAUGACACUGCACCAGCUACUAGGAAGAAAAUGAACCCUCUUCCAGACAAAGCUAGGACAAAAUUAGAUUGAACUUCUCCUUCCAUAAAAGAUCACAGUGACCUUGUGCAUGCAGAACAUGCAUGCUGACAACCCACCCAGGACUUCCACAACUUCAGUCUGUUGUGUUUGCUGUUAUCUAUUUCUAUGUCUCUGUUACACACAUAACAAUAAAGAUUCUUAUGAAACACAGCUUAAGCCACAGUUACUGGUGAAUUGACAUACACCACACUGACAUCCUAAUUAUGUAUUAAUGUAACACAUCCAAUGAUGCAGGUGUUUUGUUACAGACCUACAGAGCUGUAAGACAUUUUAGUGGUGUAGGCUUUGCAACACCACAGCUGCAAGGACACUGCUGCUCUGCUUGGUGCCCUUCUACUCCAGAGAGGAACUGGGUUUCUUGUGCACCCUGGGGAAUCCCACAGGUACCAGUGGAUAGCAGGGGGAGACAGAGAAUGCAGACACCACUGGUGUGCACCUGGAACUCCUGCAAAUUUUGCAUUAUGAUCUCUGUUCUUGGGACCCUGUGUCUCACACAAAUGAUCUUUCUGCCUCAUAUUGCUGCUUGUAAAAUGUGGGUAGUGAAUGUGGUUGUGAAUUAUUUUGAGUGCAAGUAACAUUUACUGCUCAGUAAGACUAAUUGCUUUCAUCUAAUUUAAGAUGCCAUUAAAAAUUAUAAUCAUGCAAUAUCUUAUAUUGGUAGGGAACUUCAGAGAUCACCUCCCCUUCCUAAGAGAAGCAGGACCAUUUUGAAGCUGCAUCAGGUUGCUCAGAUCCUGUCAGUUUUGAGUAUUUCCAAGGAUAGAGACUGCAUGUCUCUGGCUACUUGUUCCCAUAUUUGAUUUUUCUUCAUGGUUUUUUCAGAAUAUUUUUCCUUCUGUCUAAUCUUCCCUGGUGCAGCCCAUGUCCUUGGCCUCUCUCCUCGCCAUUAUGCAACACUGUCUUCUCCAUAGCCAUCAUUAGUUUAAGAUCCCCUCUGAGCCUUCUCCAGGCUGGACAAAACCAGCCCUUGAGAUGACAUGGGACAUUCUCAUUUCAUAACAAGAGAGCCCACAUACAUGUCUAACUGCCUGCCUGUUCCCUGCCUGUUCACACUGCUGCUGUCCAAGUAGAGCAGUCACCACUCCCCAUUCAUCCACCAGUCUUCCCAGUACUUCACCAUGAACUCCAUCACAGUGGAAACCCUCACCUAUUUUUCCAGCAUGGCAGCUCAACAUGAUCAUUUUCUAACCCAACCUGGUGAAAAUGCCUCAGGCAGCUUUAGAUUGUUAUGAAAAUGCUCCAGCAAACCAAAUCAUUUUGAACUGGCUUUGCUCAGGGGAUGACUUUGUAGGCAGCUGUGCCAGAUGAGCAGAGAAUAAACUGUUGGCCAACAGGUGGGUUCAUCCAUGUCCAUUGGGAAUGCAAAAUCCUCAUCCCUCUGUGGCUGCAGCUCCCACAGGAUGUGUUGCACAGCAGCAGCUACUGGAGCAGUAAUUCCCACAGGCUCGGGUUCCUGUGCUUGAUAGAGUUUUUCUCCUGAGGUUUUGUCAAAACCUUCUGAGUCCUCAGCAGAGCAUUAAUUGUUAACAAUAACAUUUACACAGGUGUAUGAACUUUCCACACUCGCUGUUCCUGUUUGCCAAACAAAAUGCUCCAAGGAUUAAGAAGAAGAAAAAUGCAGCAGCACAACAACUUGGUUAAAAGCACACCCAUGUGUGCUAUGUUCAGAGAAAGCAAAACAAGCAAAAGUCUUUUCUAAUCCUUAAAGGUUAAGAAGCUCAAGUCAGUCUUGUAAAGACAUUUUGUCUUGUCACACCAGCCUAUUACUGAGAAGCCACUCUAGGCUAGAUUACAAUAGCACAGAAUAGAACUGUUCAGUUGGAAGGGACCUACAAUGAUCAUCAGUCUAAUGAUCAUCUGUCUGACCACUUCAGGGAUGACCAAAAAUUGAAGCACUUUGUUAGUGGCACUGUCCAAAUGCCUCUUAGACAGCCUCACAUCAUCAAGCACCCCUCUAAGAAAGCCUGUUCCAGUGUUUGACUACACUCUUGCUAACAAAAAAAUGCUUUCUAAUGCUCAGUCUGAACCUCCUCUGUUGCAUCUUUGAACCAUUCCCAUGUGUCCUAUCACUGGAUUCCAGUGAGAAGAGAUCAGCAUCUCCCUCUCCAUGUUCCCUCCUCAGGCAGCUACAGAGAACAACAACAUAAAAAUCCAGCCUCUUUUUUCUCCAAACUAGACAAGCCCAAAGUCCUCCUCCACUCCUCACAGGACAUGCCUUCCAGCCCUUCCACCAGCUCUGUUGCCCUCUUCUGGAUGCACUCAAGGACCUUCACAUCCUCUUAAGUUGUGGGCCCCAGAGCUGCUCACAGUGCUCAAGAUGAGGGUGGUGAUGCCGUGCCUGGUGACCCACACUGAGCUGCUGCCCACCAACACCUCCAGAUCCCUCUCAGCACAGCUGCUCUCCAGAUUCUCCUCUCCCAAUUUAUACUUGUACCUGUAUACUGUCCCAGGUGCAGAAUCCUUGUUGAAUUUCAUCCCAUUGCCAAAGUACUCCAAUCUAACUAGAUUCCUCUGCAAGGCCUCUCCUCCCUUCAGAGUCAUCAGCACCUCCCAGUUGAGUACUAUCAGCAAACCUGCCAACAGGGCAUUCCACUGCUGCAUACAGAUCAUUUUAAGUACAUUAAA